GAGAAGGCGGAAAAGGGCGGGCCAAGAUGGCGGCGCCGCUGAGGGCUCCGCUCUGCGCUCUGCUGUGCCUGGCGCUGGCGGCCGCCGCCCGGGCCAAGCCGAGCCCCGUGAGGGUGCUGUCGGACGGCAUGUGGAGGGAGCUGCUGCAGGACGAGUGGAUGGUGGAGUUCUACGCGCCCUGGUGUCCCGCCUGCGAGAACCUGCAGCCCGAGUGGGAGAAGUUCGCCGAGUGGGGAGAGGACCUGGGGGUGAACGUGGCCAAAGUGGAUGUCACGGAGCAGCCGGGGUUAAGUGGACGGUUUAUCAUCACAGCCCUCCCUACCAUCUAUCACUGCAAAGAUGGAGAGUUCAGGAGGUACCAGGGUGCGAGGACUAAAGCUGCCUUCAUUAAUUUCAUCAGUGACGAGGAGUGGAAAUCCAUUGAACCAGUGUCCUCCUGGUUUGGCCCUUCCUCUUUCCUGAUGAGCAGCAUGUCGGCGUUGUUCAAGUUGUCCAUGUGGAUCAGGCAUGGCCAUGGCUAUAUGACAGAAAACCUUGGAAUACCGGUCUGGGGCUCCUAUGCUAUUUUUGGAUUGGCGACUCUGUUCUUAGGGAUGGUCCUGGGGCUUAUGAUGGUGUUCCUGGCAGACUGCAUCUGCCCCUCCAAAAGGCACAGGCCGCCACAGCUCCAGCCUCAGUCAAGGAAACAAGGUCCAGAGUCAGCUCACCUGCUGAAAAAUCGCUUUGAAGAGCAAGAAGCGGAUGAGGGAGAUGUCUCAGGUGGUGAGACUGAGGGUAAGGAGGGGAGCAAGAGAGACUCAUCACCGAGCGGGGUCCGGCAGCGCCCGGUGCCCAGCGCUGCUCCCCUGGAGAAAUCUUAGCUGCGUUUGCAUCAGGAUUAGUGCUUGAGUCAGCCACUCAAAGGGAGAUCCACCUCAAAUCCUUCAGCUUGAAGAGAAGAAUGACUCCUGGCUUGGUAACGUUGCUGCAGUUCGUGAAUUCGGAGGGAAUAAUAAUUGUUUAAAAAAAAAAAAAAAAAAAUCCAAAAAAGAACAAAGAGCAUCAGGUGUUCCAAAGGAAAACUUGCUGUUGCAAAUGGCUGGAACUUCUCCUGUCUGUGUGCAGAGAAGUGCCAAGCAAUAAUUGCUGUGGCUUCUGCAAUGAUUUGUUCCCUGGGGAUUAUUUGGAAGAGAGCGUAAACCAGAGUCGUUCUUGCAUUAGGGAGCAUCAGCAAGGAAAAUGCACUCCCCUGGUUGUCGGUGAAACCUCCCAAAAGGCUUCCCCCUUCUUAUACUGUUUUCCAGUAUAAAUCUCUCUAGCUGUGCCCCAAAGAAAUGCUGAGGGGAACAGUUCCUUUAGUUGUGGAACUAAAAUUCCUUUAGUUUAGGCUUUUUACGUGCCAGAACCUGCUUUUUGCGAUGACAACGAGUGCUACAAACCCCUCCCAACCUUUUUUUCCUUACAAAGAGCUGGUGGAACUUUAGCACAAGCACUCUGCAGCGGGAUCCUCUGGCUGACCAGAAACCUGCUGCUUGCAUCGAUUUCUUCCAGAAAAGGCUGUAGAAAACUCUCUGGGCUUCUUGGCAAAGUAGUUUUCUUCUAGGAACAAGUGACGAGCAGCACCCUGAAGUCUUGCCUGUCUCUCUGACUCCACGUGGGAAUGGUUUACACGCAGGGUUCUCUGUGCAAAUCCUCUCCAUUCCUCCUCCUGGAUGCCAGCAGCACUCUGCUCGUUUUUAAUCCAUCAUUUCUUAGCCAAAUCUUGCUGCAACUCCCUGCAGGCUGUACCUGGCCUGAAGUUAAAAUAACUUUUUCCUAUUUCUUUUGCAGAACCUCUUUUUUUUUUUUUUUUUCCCUGUUUUCACAAAACCAUUUCGGAACAUUAAACCUGAAUUUUUUUCUUAAAAAAAAAAAAAAAAGUUUACUCUUGUCUGUAUGAUGUUUGUUUUCACUCCGAAUAGAAAUAAAAAGAAUGCACAUGCCCAUUGGA